CGGAUAUGUAAAAUAGUUUAAAAAACGAAAGUAAUUUUGGGGGGGGGGUGACUGUUUCUUAUGAUCGAGAGAUACAAGGUCUCAUAGAUCAAGACUCUUUAGAGACAACGAGAUGGGGAGCAACUGCAUCAAAAGGACGAGAGAAGAGGAGAGCACUUACACUGCCUUAGGGACGAGCGAAGGGGAGGGCCCUCGCCCUGUCAGGUGGAGACGCUCAGGGAGGAGAUGUGGGGUCUCUAUGUUGUAGUACCAUGUUGAGGACACAGGGGGCAGUGUUACCAGAUACUGUAUAUACAAAAAGGGUCUCCAACCUUCAACAUGAAAUAUGUAACAUGUCUUGAGCUACUCAUUGUUUUCUAGCUUUCAAAUAGGCACAUUCUUCACUUCUCCUCUCCCCUGCAACUCUUCCCCUGGUCCUUAGAGGGAAAGUAGUGUACUAUGUUAUCAACUCUUCCCCUGGUCCUUAGAGAGAAAGUAGUGCCCUAUGUUAUCAACUCUUCCCCUGGUCCUUAGAGAGAAAGUAGUGCCCUAUGUUAUCAACUCUUCCCCUGGUCCUUAGAAAGAAAGUAGUGCCCUAUGUUAUCAACUCUUCCCCUGGUCCUUAGAGAGAAAGUAGUGUACUAUGUUAUCAACUCUUCCCCUGGUCCUUAGAGAGAAAGUUGUGCCCUAUGUUAUCAACUCUUCCCCUGGUCCUUAGAGAGAAAGUAGUGCCCUAUGUUAUCAACUCUUCCCCUGGUCCUUAGAGAGAAAGUAGUGCCCUAUGUUAUCAACUCUUCCCCUGGUCCUUAGAGAGAAAGUAGUGCCCUAUGUUAUCAACUCUUCCCCUGGUCCUUAGAGAGAAAGUAGUGCCCUAUGUUAUCAACUCUUCCCCUGGUCCUUAGAGAGAAAGUAGUGUACUAUGUUAUCAACUCUUCCCCUGGUCCUUAGAGAGAAAGUUGUGCCCUAUGUUAUCAACUCUUCCCCUGGUCCUUAGAGAGAAAGUAGUGCCCUAUGUUAUCAACUCUUCCCCUGGUCCUUAGAGAGAAAGUAGUGCCCUAUGUUAUCAACUCUUCCCCUGGUCCUUAGUGUCCAAGAGAAAGUCGUUUUUUGUUAAUAUAACUGGUAAGAUAAUGGUUAAUAUUAAUACAACUCUAAAGGGGGCCCUUUAUAAUCUGAUUUUUUCCCAAAUCAAUUUCAGUUUUAUAUUUACUGUUUUUGGGGGGGGGUUUCACUCUUAAAUUUACAAUUGUUCAUAGAGAAAUAAAAGAAAUGGGAUGUUCUGAUUCCAUGUCAGUGCUUAAAUCACACCGGAAGACAAGUCUGGAAGAAAACUAAUACAUAAAUAUAUUUUAGUGUAAUUCCCCUUUAACUGAGCAUCUGGCCCUUUAAUUGUGCAUCUAGUGACUGAGGAAUGUGAUGUCUAAUGUGCCUGUCUCACGAUGGUUCUGUACUGCUGCUGCUCACUUCAUGGUAAAGUUUACAAACAACAAAUGAUAGAUACAAAUGAUAUAUUUACUCAUGAUAGACUUCUGCCAGGUAAGCCUACUUUGCAGAGAACAUUUAAUUGAGAAGGCCUUUGAGAAAGUUUUUCGGUCAACCCACAAGACGGUUAUCACAUCAACUGGCUACACAGGGAGUGAUAGACAGACGUGCGCACCACACAGACACAGGAGAAAUAUUGAUGGAAAUUAAUUGGCAGAUACUGUGUUUGGGGAGGAGUCAAGUGCAAGUACUGGUUCAGUUGAGGAGGAGGAUUAUUUAAGAUACUGUUUGAAGAGGGGGACAGUAAAACAUCUGAAUUGUAUAUGGUCGUUUUUCUAUGGUCAAUAUAUUAUAUAAUACAAAUCAAUAUAUUGGGUUUAUUGGUUUUCUUUGUGUUCACCCACAGGCUUCAUGAACCACGUGAAAUGAGCUUCAUGAGCUUCAUGAGGGAUGAUGGAUCACAUCUUCAUGACUUUAGCUACAUUAUGAGGGAUGAUGGAUCAGGUGAAAUCGACUUGAUGAGAUCCGCCCACCGUUUUGAGGACGUUGAGACAGAGAAGAUAUGUGAGGAAACCGUGGAUGACAUCACACAGAGAGUUAAAGGGAAACUGAAAGCCAGUCUGAAGAAGAAGUUUAGAUGUGCGUUUGAAGGCACAGCUGAGGAACAACCUGGACUUGAUAGCGUUUACACACAGCUCUACAUCACACAAGAAGAGGUUCAUAAAGAACAUGAGGUUCAACGGAUUGAAUAUACAUCCAAGAGAAACAUAUCAGACACUCCAAUAAACUGCAAUGACAUCUUCAAACCUUUACUUGGAGAAGAGAAGAGACCCAUCAGAACUGUAAUGACAAAGGGAAUCACUGGCAUUGGAAAAACAAUCUCUGUACAUAAGUUCAUCCUCGACUGGGCAGAAGGAACUGCCAAUCAAGAUGUUGAUUUCAUCUUUGUUCUUCCUUUCCGAGAGCUGAAUUUGAUUCAAGAUGAGCAGUACAGUCUUCAUGGACUUCUGAAUGAAUUCCACCCUGAACUAACAGAGAUAGUAGAAGCAAAGAUUUAUGCUACCUGCAAAGUUCUGUUCAUCUUUGAUGGUCUGGAUGAAAGCCAACUGCCUGUGGAUUUUGAAAAACACAAGAGGGUGACUGAUGUUACACAGACAACAUCGGUGGAUGUGCUGCUGACAAACCUCAUCAAGGGGAAUCUGCUUCCUAAAGCUCUCCUCUGGAUAACCUCCAGACCAGCAGCAGCCAAUCAGAUCCUGCGUCAGUAUAUCAGCAAGGUGACAGAAGUACGAGGGUUCAACGACAAACAGAAAGAAGAGUACUUUAGGAAGAGAUUCACAGAUCAGAACCGGGCCAGCAGAAUCAUCUCACACAUUAAUACAUCAAGGAGCCUCCACAUCAUGUGCCACAUACCAGUCUUCUGUUGGAUUACUUCCAGGGUUCUUGAGCAAAUGUUGAGUGAUGAUAAGAGCAGAGAGAUCACAACUCUGACAGAGAUGUACAAUCACCUUCUACUCAUUGAGACAAACCUGAAAAGCAAGACGUAUAGUGGGGAAAAGGAGACAGAUCUGACCAUAAUCAUAGAAAGAAACAAAGAAAACAUUGUGAAACUGGCUCAACUGGCAUUUAAACAGCUGGUAAAGGGCAAUCUCAUAUUCUAUAAGAAAGACCUGGAGGAGUGUGGCAUUGAUGUCAGUGAAGCCUCAGUGUACUCUGGGUUUUGCACAGAAAUCCUGAAAGAAGAGUAUGGGUUGUAUCAGAAGGAGGUGUACUGCUUUGUUCACCUGAGUUUCCAGGAGUUCCUUGCUGCUCUGUUCGUGUUCCACUGCUGUGUGAGCAAGAACAUCAAGGCCCUGGAGUCUUUCAUUGGGGAUGUGUCUUCAGAGCUGCCCUUGCAUGAGCUGCUGAAGAUGAUGGUGGAUAAAGCCUUGGAGAGUGAGAAUGGACACCUGGACCUGUUCCUCCGCUUCCUUGUUGGCAUCUCAACAGAAUCCAACCAGAGACUGUUACAAGACCUACUGCCACAAACAGAGAUCAGCUCAGAGACUGUUGACGAAAUUAAGAAAUACCUCAGGGAGCCAAAUGUAGAGCAAGUUUCACCUGAUAGGUACAUCAAUCUACUCAUCUGCUUGACUGAGAUGAAAGAUGAUUCAGUACAUGAGGACAUUGACCAGUUCCUGAAGUCUGGAAAACCUGCAGAAAUAGAAAGGUCACCUGGUGACUGCUCAGCUCUGGCCUGUGCGCUGCUGAUAUCAAAGGGCGUGCUGGAUGAACUUGACCUGCAGAGAUACAACACAUCUGAGGAGGGGCGUUUGAGACUGAUCCCAGCUGUGAGGAAUUGCAGAAAGGCAAUACUAGCAGGCUGUAGACUCCUACCUGAGCACUAUGAAUCACUGGCCUUCGUUCUCCAAUCAGCAGACUCAUCCUUGAGAGAGCUCGACCUGAGGAACUGUACGCUGUCUGAUGGUGAUGAUGAGGGCAGACUGAGUGUUCUCUUUGCUGCAUUGAAACAUCCACACUGUAAACUGGAGACACUGAGACUUCCUGGCUGUGAACUCACUGAGUGGUUUUAUGAAGUGUUGGCCUCAGUUCUCAGCUCAAAUGACUCUCACCUGAGAGAGCUGGACCUGAGUAACAAUGACCUGCAGGAUUCAGGAGUGAAGCUGCUCUCUGCUGGACUAGGGAAUCCACACUGUCAACUAGAGACACUGAGGAUGUCAUUCUGUAGAGUCACAGAGGAAGGCUGUGCUUCUCUGGCUUCAGCUCUGGGGUCAAACCCCUCCCACCUGAGAGAACUGGACCUGAGCUUCAAUCACCCAGGAGACUCUGGAGUGAAGCUGCUCUCUGCUAGACUGGAGGAUCCACACUGUAGACUGGAGAAACUCAAUGUGGAACAUAAUGAAGAAAUUUGGGUAAAACCACAGCUGAUAAAGAAAUAUGCCUGUGAUCUCACACUGGACCCAAACACAGCACACAGAAACCUCUCUCUGUCUGAGGGGAACAGAAGGGUGGAGAGGGUUAAAGAGGAGCAGCCGUAUCCUGAUCACCCAGAGAGAUUUGAUUUUGUUCCCCAGGUGCUGUGUAGAGAGGGUCUGACUGGGCGCUGUUACUGGGAGGUCGAGUGGAGCGGGCUGGCUGACAUAGGAGUGACAUAUAAAGGCAACAGCAGAAAAGGAGACGGUUCUUUCUGUGACUUUGGAUACAAUAACAAGUCCUGGCGUCUGGCCUGCCGUGGGAAUCAUUACAUUGCUCUCCACAAUAAUGAAUAUACUACUAUACCUGCACCACACCUCAUCAACCCUCCUCAACCCCAGGGAGACCUGUCCUCCUCCGCUCCACACCUCAUCAACCCUCCUCAACCCCAGGGAGACCUGUUCUCCUCCACUCCACACCUCAUCAACCCUCCUCAACCCCAGGGAGACCUGUCCUCCUCCCCUCCACGCCCCAGAGUAGGAGUGUUUCUGGACUGGCCGACCGGCACUCUGUCGUUCUACAAGGUCUACUGUGGCUUGAUGACCCACCUGUACACAUUCCAGACCAUAUUCACAGAGCCCCUCUAUCCCACUUUUGGGCUUCAGCAUCCUCACACCUCUGUGUCCCUCGGGUUUGCCAGCAAUCCUGUAUCAUCUGAGGCCACCCGCUGUCCAGAUGAGAUCCUGAAAAUGGCAGAAAUAUGCAGAGAAGAAGAUGGAAAAGAGGAAGAUGAUGAUGAAGAAAAAUACAACAGAGAAGCGUAUUCUCCUCUCCUGGAACCCAAUGAUCCCAUUGUUGGACAGGCCUUCACCUUGCCAUCAUCGACUAAUAGGACAAUGGAAGAAGAGAGCCAGGACUGUGUCAGUGUGUCUGACAGCUCAGCUGAGGCCAUGGAGGAGUUAAGCAUCACAGAAUGUAGAGUAGUGGACCAGAGCCUGUGUACUACUGAUCCUCCCAUGAGGUCUCUUGAAAACUUUGAACCAGAAAUCUACGAUCAUGAGGGCAAGGGAGAAUACAGGUUCCAGUGCCCCAGUGCAGGUCUGUUCCAGUGCAGUGUAACAGGCCUGGUGUUCAGGAUGGAGGGAGAGGGAGAGGUGCUCUAUAGGACAGUCCACUGGGACAGGAGGCUUCUAUCCCAGAGUGGCAAGAGACCUGCAGGACCCCUGUUCAACAUCGACUGCCCUCAGAAGUCGGUCUGUCAACUACACCUCCCACACUGUCAGAUUCAUUCUGAUGGUGGAUGUGACUUCCUGUCUGUUGCCCAUGUGACUGAUGACAACGUGGAGUUUCUCCCUCCCCAUGAGACAACGGACACACAUGUCAUAAUAAACAUCACUGGAUCCUCUGCGUAUGGUGAUGUCACGGAUGAUGAUGCUCCCAUCUCCCCUAUCCAGGGGCUUGUGUUGUUGUUCCACCAACCGUUUCUCUCUGAACAGAGGUCCAUCCUGAAUGUGUUGUUGCUUCCCAGAAAUGUUGUGAUCAGAGAGGUGCAAGAGGAGAGGAAGAGGAGGAAUGGAGACAAAGAAAUCUUCGUUGAAACAAAUCCUCACUGCAAUCUAAUCCCGAAGAAAGCAUACAUCCUCUCCACAGAUAUUACAGAUGGAUAUAAGAUCACCCCAAGAACAGCAGAAUUUAUGGAUUUCCAGUCCUAUGAAAACUACUUCCCCACAUUUCAGUUGUUCUUGCUGACUGUUGUUAAAGAGUUUGAUCUUCUUGUGAAAGAAAAUGGCAGCACUGAAAAUGAAUGGGAGAGACGUGUCUGGCUUCCAGCUCCUGUCCUGGUCCAACCACCCCACGGGCCUGUGGCACCAGCACCAGCAGCUUCUGUCCAGGCCCAGGCUCAUGGCCCUGCAGUUCCUACCCAUCUUCAGGCAGUUCCAGCUCCGCAUCAGCCUGCUCCUCAGCCAGCAGGCCCCGCCCAGGUCCAGCCUCAUGGGCCUGCAGCUCCUACUGCUGUUGUCCAUCCAUCUGUCCGUGAAGAUUAACUAGACUUGAGAUAAUCAAAUCAGUGGCUUCCAAAUAAACAUUUAAUGAAAAGUAUCUUAAAGGAGCAAUCUGUGAUUUAGUAGAGUUGGGAAUUUCCAGGCACCUCACAAUACAAUACUUAGGUGCCGAUACGAUAUGUAUUUUGCGAAAAUAGAAACGAAACAUGGAAAGUGUUGGUAACAUGUUUCAUGAGCUGAAACAAGAACCCCCAAAAAUGUCAUAAGCACAAAAAGCUUAUUUCUCAAAUUUUAUGCACAAAUUUGUUUACUUCCCAGUUAGUGAGCAUUUCUUGUUUGACAAGAUAAUCCAUCCACGUGACAGGUGUGGCUUAUCAAGAAGCUGAUUAAACAGCACGAUCAUUACACAGGUGCACCUUGUGCUGGGGACAAAAGGCUACUAUAAAAUGUGUAGUUUUGACACAUAUUACAGAUGUCAAGUUUUGUGGGUGCGUGCAAUUGGCCUGCUGACCGCAGGAAUGUCCACCAGAGCUGUUGCCAGAGAAUUUUAUGAUUGUUUCUCGGCCAUAAGCUAACUCCAACGUCGUUUUAGAGAAUUUGGCAGUACAUCCAACCGGCCUCACAAUCGCUGACGAAGUGUAACCACGCCAGCCCAGGGCCUCCACAUCCGGUUUCAUCAUCUGAGACCAGCCACCUGGACAGCUGAUGAGCAUUUUUGUCUGUAAUCAAGCCUUUUUGUGGGGAAAAACUCAUUCUGAUUGGCUGGGCAUGGCUCCCCAGUGUGUGGGCCUUGCUCCCAAGUGGGUAGGCCUAUGCCCACCCAUGGCUGCGCCCCUGCCCAAUAGUGAAAUCCAUAAAUUAGAGCCUAAAUAAUUAAUAUCAAUUGACUGAUUUCCUAAUAUGAUAUCAGAUAUUUUAUACACCAGGUCUGUGCUCAAUAAAGAACUUGGGAAUUGACUCCCAUUCAACUCAUAAGAUUAAAUUGCAAUUGGCUACACCACAGGAUGUAGAAUCUGAAUGAGUGACAAGUAUAAUUUUUUUGUAAUUUAUUUAUUGAAUAUUUGAAACUUGCAGUGAAGCCGCUCAAUAACUACAGUCCAACAGAUUCCCAUUCAGAGCGACACACAGAAGCAUCCAGGGUCAAUGCUCAAGGGCAUGUUGACCAAUCUACCACCAGGCCAAAAAACGUGGAAGUAUAAUUUAAUUCAGUGCAAUUCAAAGACAUUUCACUCAGUCAAAGAACAUGAGAGUUUAAUUGAAUCUGACAGGUCACACUUCCAGAUACCAAAGAAAAUAUCACUUUUCUCUGGAAACAAUGUUCAUAUACUCUAUUAACCUUUGUGCUUAGAACAGACCAUUAUAUUUCCUCCAACCAUUUCAUUUGUUUGGCUUUAUCUUGAAGGCUUUAGGGUAAAUGUGUGCAUUAAACUAAUGCAUUGUGGGAAAUGUAGUAUUUCCCCCAUAUUGAACAACAUUUAAGUGAUUAAUGAUAUAUAAUAGCUACAGGUUUUGUUUUCCUUGUUUUCAUUCAUUUUAAGAGUUUGUUCUGAAAAUCAAUUGUUUCAUCAAUAUUUUAUAUGCAUGUAUAUAACAUGUUUGGUAUUUUAUUUUCAAUAUGUAUGUUUGUAUAGACUACAACUAUAGAAUCGAAUAGGCAUUUGAAUAUUACUGAAUUCAACUAUUUCCUUGAAUUGCAAUUAGGUAUCCUGCUUAUUAAUUCAAAAUUCAUUAAUUGGAUUUAUGAGCCAUUCUCAAUUCUGAAUUCACCACGACUCUGUUAUACAUAACAAAAUACAAAAUAUUUCCCUGAGUGAAACGAGUCCCUGACAUUCAGUCUGAUUAAAGCUGGAAUCCUUAAUGGUUAAA